UCAUAAUUGAAAAUACUAUAAAAGUCAGACAAGAUAUCUAGAUAAACAUUAACUUGCUUUCUACAACUGUCAUAAAAGGCUCUCCCAGAUAUGAGUGGCCUCUAUAAAUGACAGGCAUUAAGACAGGUUGCACAGCAUCCAGCAACUGCAUCUUCCUGAGCAUCGACUGAGCCGACUCUGCAGCGCACGUCACAAUGUCUUAUCCAAUCAGCUAUGAGCCCAAGGGUGUGCAGAAUUUUGCUGUCAGUGCCCCCAGCAAAUGGAAUUCUGAUACCUGUGACUGCUGCGACGAUGUAGGAAUCUGUCUAUGCGGAGCCUUCGUACCCUGCAUUUUGGGUUGUAGAGUGGCAAAGGAUUACGGAGAGUGCUGCUGCCUGCCAUUUCUGUUUGGAACGUCUGUUGCCAUGAGGACAGGAAUAAGGGAGCGCUACCGCAUUGAGGGCACUAUCUGUAAUGACUGGGUGUGCGUCUCAUUCUGUGGCCCCUGCACUCUCUGCCAAAUGGCUCGGGAACUAAAGGCCAGAAACUGAGAAGACAGCGGGGAAGGGACAACAAUAUAAGGACAUUUUCCUGAAGGACCCAAUUACUUCUGUUUGUACUGUUGCACCUGUGGUGGACCCUUACAUUCAUUUCACAUGCAGCGGUGCAGAUGGCAACACACUAGUAGCAACAUUAGUUAUACCUGUUUCAAUAGAUUAGAACCAGUCAUCCAAGACAAGUAAUUUAAAGGAUGAUCAUUAAAUGGUGACAAGAAAAGUCUUAUUUAAAGGA